AAUGUAGAACGUUGUUGUCAUUGAUUUUUUACCUUACCUGUGUAUUAUUCAUUGAGGACGAUACGCGACAAAAUGGCACAGGCAGCCUCUAAAACAUGUGAAAUUUGUGUCAGUGCCUAUGGAUCCCAAUACUGCUUAGAGUGUGAACAAUACUUUUGUGAAAAUUGUAAAACCUUUCAUAAAAGACAGAAAGUAACAAAGAAUCACCAGUUUCAGUCUUCCUCGGACGUUAUACCGGAAGGUAAAUCGAAAUGUAAGGAACACAACGAAGACAUCAGUUUUGUAUGCAAAACAUGUAAUUUAGUAGUGUGCAGUAGUUGUGUGACUGGCAGUCACACAGGGCAUGCCUUUUCAAAGCUUAUGGACAACAUAACACAGAUGAAGGAGAAGAAUACAAAAGACCUGCGUAGUAAGGUACAUGAGGCAACUCAAAACAUUAAAACGAUAGAGGAAGGUUUAAAGGCAUUUGAUGUGAAGGUUGAAGGAGUAGUCAAAGCUAUUACAGAAGAAGGUACAAAGAUAAAGGCUAUGGUUGAUACAUGUGUCGCACAGAUGAUUGCAUCGGUCAAGGAUCAAUCCAGGAAGGAAAAGGACAAAUUGACAAAAAUCAUAGCAGAUACUAAAAUAGAUUUGAAGGCGGGAGGCGACUUAGAAAAGAAGAAAUGUGAACUCGACAAGACACGAAACGAUGGCAAAUUGUUACAGUCGUUACAGAAGCUUACAGAUGACAUUACAAAGCUGACGAUAGAGCCUAUACCCGAAUUUCCGAACAUACAGUAUACUGCUAAGCCUGUAACAGAUAACGACAUCAAACAACUGUUUGGCAUCUUCAAAAUAAGAGGAGUACGUACACAACAUAUCGGAAACAGAGAGAAAGAAUUACCUAAACCAAAAAGUGAUUACGAAAAGGAUACGAAACGAAAAGAGGAAGGACAAUACCUGUACAGAUGUAUCGGGUGUGGAAAGGAAGAGAGAUCUGAUUAUGCAAUGUAAGUGUCUUGUACCAAACAGAUAAGUAUACAGUAAAUUGUGUAUGUAAUGUUUUUAUUCAAAUUAGGAAAAUAUAAAAUUUUCAGUAGAUAAAGACGCAAUUCCAUAGAAGUAAAAAUACAACCUAUUCGUAUAUGAGAAUCAUAGAGAUAUUGUCAUUUUUAAUAUAAAACAUACGCCAUAAGUAACAAUCCUUUCGAUUCAGUUAAUGUAAAAUGUCAGCAGAACGAAUGUCUCAUAUCAUAUGCGUAAAAAAAACACCUUUAAAAGGAGAAGGUAAUAUUGAGAUCGUAUUGU